UGCAGUUUGGAACUAAACAUGUUUGGCCAGUUUUCCAGCCUAUCACUGAAUGAGGGAGGUUAUGACUACAAGUUCAUAGAAGAACCUGCAGACUCUCUCAAGUGUCUCAUCUGUCUGCUAGUAGUUAGGGAGCCACAACAACAUGGCGGCUGUGGGAAGCUAUUCUGUAAGAGCUGUAUUAACAAGCACAAGACCUUCAGAAAUGACUGUCCACACUGUAGAAGACCACUCUUACAAUUGGGGCAAUCUACCAUUUUCCAUGACCUUAAAAGUGAGCAAGAGGUGAAGUCACUCUUGGUUCGAUGUCCAAAAGCCUGUGACUGGAAGGGAGAGCUUCGAUCACUAGAAGACCACAUACAGAAAGUCUGUGAGAACACUUCAGUUCUUUGCCCAAAUGGUUGUAACAAUGGCAAAAGAAUGAGACGAAAGAAUGUUCAUUUUCACAUGCUUUAUAAAUGCCCAAAUCGACCCCAUUCAUGUACAAAAUGUCAGAAUGUGAUGGAAUUGAGGAAUGCCAUAAGCCAUGAACUAAACGAGUGCCCCAAGAGACAGUACACAUGCCCACACUGCAAUGAAGCUGGUGUGUAUGAUGAGAGAACUACUACACAUCUAGAAGUCUGUCCUAACGUAAAGGUCAAGUGUUCAAAAUGCUCACAACAAUUCCUUCGUUCUAAUGAAUCACGUCAUCCAUUGGUCUGCCCAAAUGAACCAGUACGUUGCAAGUACUACAACAUUGGUUGUGGGGAGAAGCCUCUAAGAAAAGAUAUAAGGGCACACGAGGAAAACGCUCAGCUUCACCUUUCACUAGCAACUGAAGAGGUCUUGAAGUUAAAGAACGAGAAAAAAACACUAACAUUCAAAAUGAAAACAUUUGAAGCCAAUAAAUAUGAUAGUAACGCUAUUACUAGCCCCUCUUUCCACACCUCAGGAGAAGGUUACAAGAUGUGUAUCAAAGUGUAUUCUAAUGGUAUUGGUGCUGGCGAGGGCACUCAUGUUUCAGUUUAUGCUUGUUUAAUGAAGGGAGACAAUGAUGACUCCCUGUCCUGGCCAUUCACUGGGACAAUCACAAUCGAGAUACUCAAUCAACUAGAAGACAAGAACCAUCUCAAGGAGACACUCGUAUUCACAGCAGAAAAUUUGGCCAGUCAGAAAGUGGUGGAUGAUGAGAGAGGGCAAGGAUGGGGCUACUAUCAGUUCAUCUCUCACGCUGACCUCGCUCAAAAGCCUCUUACAAACUGUCAGUACCUCAAAGACGACACUCUAAUAUUUCGAGUAUCUGCAGAAGCUCCUGACUACAAGCCAUGGCUGGAGUGUACUCACUGUGUGUAGUGAAGUUAUCAGGACAGUUAAAGUUUUGACUGUGUGUCAUAUUGCUAGUAUAGUAGUUGAACCUACGUAUAGUAUACAUGCAUUAUGGGCUACAAUACCGUUUAUACCACACUUA